UACAUAGUAGUGGAGGAAGGAGAGAGAGAGCAAGAGAGUGAGAGAGAGAGAGAGAGCGAGAGAGAGGUAAAGGCACAUUGCUACUACAAAUAUCGGAGUGAAGGACCGGGGAUUAUGCGUGAGAACAGAGACGGAGAGGGAAGGCACAGAUCACGGGGCAGGAGAACUCCAGGAUCUUCUUAAAGGAGGACACAGAGCCACCCAUUCCCCUGCAGUCCGAGAAGCAAGAGGCCCGAAAACUACAAGAGCUGCGCCUCGUUACCCACGCUGCCCCUGCUGACCCCCUGCCCCGCGCUCCAGCCCCGCAGAGAGGCCCCGCAGAGAGGCACGGAGGAGCCCGAAACCGCCCGGGACCGCUGAGAACCGCAUCGACCACAGCCUGCGUCUCGCUCCCUCUCCCUCGCCUCCUGAAGGAGCGCUGACCCCAACACGGGCCUGCCUACGCGCUCCCCACACCAGGGGGAAAGCGGGAAGGAGGAGAAACGCCAACGGGAGGAUCAGGAGGAGAGAGGCAGAUCCGUGGGGACACACGGGUGAUUAAAGAGCUCACCAUGAGUCUAAGUGGCACUCUGGAGAAGGGCUCGCCCCACCACCACCCUCAGGACCUGGGCGAGGUCCCUGGGCUCCAGCUGCACCAUCAGGGCAACUCCCACCUCCACCUCACCAACUCUGCGGCCUCCACCCUCCCGGAGGGGACCCCGGCGGUGGUGGUGCCGCCCCCGUAUUCGGCAGCGGAGGGCGGGGGCGACGGGCCCCUGGAACUGCGCGGGUCCCUGGACUGCUGGGCGUGUUCGGUGCUGGUGACCGCCCAGAACCUGGUCAUCGCCGCCAUCAACGCCUGCCUGGCCGGCCUGGUGUUCGGCCUCAUCCUGACCCCCGCCACCGUCAUGGUCGUGUUCGGGUUCCUGUGCCACUCGACGGUGCGGCCCAGCGGCUCCUCGUUGUACUGCACGGACCUGCUGAGCGAUGGCGGCUGUGUGGCGCUGCUGGUGGUGGGCUUCCUGCUGGUGACCCCGCUGCUGGUCCUGGCGCUGGCCGCGUACUGCCGCCUGGCCCGUCACCUGCAGCUGGGGCUCUGCUUCAUCCCCUACAGCCGCGCCGUCUACAAGAACCUGCCCGCCGCCCAGCACCGCGGCCUGGCCGGAGCCUGCUGCCGGGGCCGGGGCAAGGGCAAGGGCAAAGUGUGGGUGUGA